AUGUCUUAUAACCACGUUGGAAAUAUCACCCGAGCAGCUGAGGUACUCGAUAAAGCAUUUGCAGCUGUGCCCCUUCAACAAGUAUUAAUGAAAAAACUACGGGGGAUUUCGCUCGAGGAAAAAUUAGAUAGUUGUGAAGGGUAUUUCUAUGUUAGAUUGAUGGCAUUAGAAGGAACCGGGGCUGAAAUAAUCGAAGCAGAUGACUACGGACUGAUUGCAAUUUGGAUAAGACCCGGUUUGGUAACGGAAUCGCCCAAUUUUGGUCCUGAGGUUGAGGAAUUUGUUAAUGAAUUUAAAACUAAGAUGAAAUCACUAAAAGAAGAACAUGGUUUAAUUGAUAGAAAUGAUUGGCAUUUAAAUUUCAUUGGAAGAGAUCCUAACAAUAAGAAAAAAGGGUCAAUUCGUAAAUUACUAGAACCAUACUUACAAAAAUGUCGACAAGAAGGUACUGGAGCAUCUUUAGCAGCAAUAUCCGAUCACGCUUUCGAGACGUAUAAGCAUUUUGGCUUUAAAGAGGUUGGUCGUUUCACAAUCGGCGCUGGACAAGUCGACAACGAUGGACAAGCCAAUCCCAAUGGGGCGGGAUUAAAUAUAUAUUAUAUGAUUUAUGAUUAA